AUGCCUCUCCGCAGUGAUCUGACGCUAGAAGCCUCAAAGUUUGCACCAGAGGCAAUAGAUGAGAAAACUAAAAAGCUCAAUGAGCACCUCAUCGAAGUCACGAAAAAUGGACCGAGAUGGUAUGAGGUCGGUGCAGCCAAGUACCGCCAGAUGCGCUGGGCAGGCGAGACGCCUUUUCCUAAGCCGGUCGUGCUCGACUCCGGUAUCGACAUGACCCUGCCGUCACGAGAGGCCGGACGAGAGAUCCCCUGCCGGAUGUUCAAGCCUGCCCAAGGGAAGGACGUUAAGGGUGUGGUCAUGCACAUCCACGGUGGCGGAUGGGUUCUCAACGAUGAGAAAUUCCAGGAUUACUACCUCAAGUUCAUGGCCGACAACGCAGACAUGGUUGUCAUCUCCGUUGGCUACCGCCUCGCGCCUGAGCAUCCUUUUCCACAGGGUCCAGAGGACUGCUACGACGUGGCCGAGUACCUCGUCCAGAACGGGAAGUCAAAAUACGGUGGCGAUCUCGCAUUUAUGGGCGGCGAGUCCGCAGGCGCCCAUCUCGCGGUCCUGACAGCAUUCCACCUCCUCUCCCACACCCCCUACACCUCCUCCCCAACCCUACGCGGCCUCCUCCUCCACUUCGGAGCCUACGACCUAACCCACUUCCUCCCGCAAGCGCACCACUUCACUAAACCCCUAAUCCUCGACCACAAUAUCAUGAACCACUUCGUCUCUGCCUUCCUGCCCAACACCACCCCUGCCUCCCGGCUUGACCCCUCCAUCAGCCCCUUCUACCAAGACCUCAGCCUCUUCCGGAUCGAGAGCGGCGGGAGCAGACUGCCGCCUGCGCUCUUCACGUGUGGCACCGAGGAUUGUUUGCUCGAUGAUACGGUCGUCAUGGCGAGUAAGUGGAUGAUGGCUGGUGCGGAGGCCACGGUGAGGAUUUAUCCGGGGGCCCCGCAUGGGUUCAUCAUGUUUCCGCCUAGCGCGAGUCCGGCGGCUGGGGAGGGGUUGGAGGCGACGAGGGAAUUUAUGACGGAGGUGAUAGGGAGGGGUGGGGCGAGAUUGUGA